UAAGAACUUUGCUUUAGGAUGAGAACAGAAAUUGUGCUCUGGCGGCGCGGCGGCAGCAGGAGGCCCCAUUAGCUAAAGUGGUGCUUCAGGUUAAGAACAGUUUCAGGUUAAAAACGGACCUCCGGAACGAAUUACGUACUUAACCCGAGGCACCACUGUACAGAAUAUUGGGCAGCACACAAGAGUAUCUGUGUGCAAUGGCAGAGGGUCUGUUGUGCUUUUGUUCCUGCACGCUGAAGGCAAGCUGUGAUAGUGAAAAUUAGUUUCUACACUGAAAUCCUAUACGUGCUGGGCUCCCUCUCCAAUCUCCCCCUUCCCCCAGGGCCUCGCACAACCAGCUUGGAAGGAAAACUUUCCGCACAGGAACACUCUAGCCCAUCAAACAGGAUAUUUUAAAAAGCCAAACCUGUUCUUCAGGAACUUAGGCACAGUGCCCUUGGUUUGCUCCCAUUCAACUUCCAACCUCCACCCCAGCUGGCUUCUAGGCUGGUCAAGCCCAAAGCCCUGAUGAGCACCUCUGAUUUCACGACCCUUUCCCUCCUCGCUUUUGCCCAGGAGUCGGAGACGCUUCUGCCUUCCCCCCGAACCUUCGAGCGGAGGAAACUGCCCUCCGUCCUUUGCGGCAAGAUGGUGACCCGCCUCCCUCGCUCGGCAGACGUGGCCCGCUUCUGCCAGAAGCUCAACCGGGUCAAGACCCUGGAGGACGACAUGAUGGAGACGUCCUUCAACCGCUGCCUCACCACCGUUGACUUGGCGCUCCUCGGCAUUGGCGCCAUGGUGGGCUCCGGCCUCUACGUCCUCACGGGUACAGUGGCCAAGGAGACGGCCGGGCCGGCCAUCGUCGUGUCCUUCAUCAUCGCUGGCAUUGCCUCGCUGCUGGCCGCCCUCUGCUAUGCUGAAUUUGGCGCUCACGUGCCCAAGACAGGCUCUGCCUACAUGUUCACCUAUGUCUCCGUAGGCGAGAUCUGGGCCUUCCUGAUCGGGUGGAACGUCAUCCUGGAGUACAUGAUAGGGGGAGCGGCCGUGGCCAGGGCCUGGAGCGGCUACCUGGAUGCUAUCUUUGACCACCGGAUCAAGAACUUCACAGAGACUCACGUGGGCAGCUGGCACAUCCCCUUCUUGGCCCACUACCCAGACUUCUUGGCCUUUGGCAUCCUCCUUGUGGCCACGGCCUUCAUCUCCUUCGGUGCCCGCGUCUCCUCCUGGCUCAACCACGUCUUCUCUGCCAUCAGCAUGGGGGUCAUCCUUUUCAUCCUCAUCAUGGGCUUCGUUCUGGCCCGGCCUCAAAACUGGGGGGCCGCCGAAGGAGGGUUUGCCCCAUACGGUGUCUCGGGGAUCAUGGCCGGCUCGGCCACCUGCUUUUACGCCUUCGUGGGCUUCGAUGUCAUCGCCACAUGCAGCGAGGAGGCCCGCAACCCGCAGAGGGCCAUCCCAAGAGCCAUUGCCAUCUCGCUGAGCCUCGCCACAGGAGCCUACAUCCUGGUUUCCAUGGUGCUGACGCUCAUGGUGCCCUGGCACUCUUUGAAUCCCGACUCGGCGCUGGCCGACGCCUUUUACCAGAGGGGCUAUUCCUGGGCUGGUUUCAUCGUGGCUGCCGGGUCCAUCUGCGCCAUGAACACCGUCCUCCUCAGCAACCUCUUCUCUCUCCCUCGCAUCGUUUACGCCAUGGCAGAGGACGGGCUCUUCUUCAAGGUCUUCUCGCGUGUCCACCCUCGGACGCAGGUCCCUGUGGUGGCCAUUGUGGUCUUUGGAGUCCUCAUGUCUCUCCUGGCCCUCAGCCUGGACCUGGAGGCUUUGGUCCAGUUCCUGUCCAUCGGCACCCUCUUGGCGUACACCUUUGUGGCUGCCAGCGUGAUCAUUCUGCGCUUCCAGCGGGUCAAGACGGAGGAAGCUUCCAACACAUCUGCCAGGAGUGAGGCUUCUGCCCCGGCAUCCACCGAGAGCAUCGGCGCCACGGAACCAAAGGAAUACGAGUCUUUCUCAGAUAAGCUCCACCUGGUGGGCAAGGAGAAGUCGAAAAGCAGGCGAGAAGGGGGGCAGAUGAAGGCCUUUUUUGAACCCUACCUAGGCUUCCUGGCAGACUUUGACCCCGGCGAAGUGGUCACAGUGGCCGUGAUCAUCCUCAUGGUGUCAGCAAUCUGCUUAUCCUCCAUCCUGGUGUUUGGGCAGAACCAGCUCCACCUCCCCACUUGGAGCUAUGCCUUGCUGGUCCUCCUCUUCAGCCUGGCCUUCGUGUUCAGCGUGGUCCUCAUCAGCGUUCAUCAGCAACAGCAAAGCACCCAGACAUUCCAGCUCCCUCUGGUGCCACUGACUCCAGCGCUGAGCAUUUUCAUCAAUGUCUACCUCAUGCUGAAACUCAACUACAUGACCUGGAUCUGGUUCUCUGUGUGGCUGCUCGUGGGUUUGCUGGUUUAUUUUGGUUACGGCAUUUGGCACAGCAAAGAGAACCAACGAGAGCCCACAGCACACUCGGUCUGUGCCCGCUACGUGGUUUUCCCAAGCGGCAGCCUGGAAGAGACAGUCCAGGCUGUGCAGCCCAGCACUCAGCCCUCUCAGGGAUUGGAGGAAAUGGCAGGCGAGGAAGAAGCCAAGAGGUGAUGCGGAGAGGCCUAACUUGGAGGAGACCCUUCCCUUUGACCACCACCCCCAGCCCACCCACUACUCUCCAGUGUUUUGGCAGAAAGAAGAGGAGCCCUCAUCUGAUUCAGCCAGGAAGACUCUGGGAGUGUUAUUGAGCAGAGACCCACUGCUUCUGCUUUCCUGCUUGGUCUGUAUUUCUGCUCUGGAAAGCUGGACCCAUCUUGCCAUUGAAAACUGCCCAAUCUAUCCUGCCCUCCAGCUUGGAACCGAGAGCUGAUCUGCAGACAGCCCAUCUCAACCCGCAGCGGACGGAGGGGGGGGCAGGCUGUCCUUGUACUUUCCCAUUAUCUACGUGUUUCCCCCUUUUCUUUCCUCCAGGCUGCUGCCCUGGCUGCCUGCAACCUUCAUUCCAGGUGUCCCGUUUAGAUUAUUUUGGGGUGGCUCCUGUUUGAUGGGUUCGUACAAAAGGGCAAGAUGGGAGGGGCGCUGCUGUGCCAGCUUCAGGGGUCGGUUCUCAUU